AAGAAAUUGUUUCUUAUUAGCUAUGAAUAGAGAUUCAAGUACACUUAUUUAGUUUUAAAUAUAAAGUGCAAUGAUUAGAGGAGAAUGUGCACAUAAGAUAGUUGUGGAUAAUCUGGAGAACGGCGAAAUUAUAAAUCAUACAUUACUUCUAAUUAAAGGCCACAUCCAUCAGCAGUUGCGAUCAUUGCCAAUAAACACCUCAAAAAAGUGCGGGGAGCAGCAAAUUGUAUUGCGACUGCGGCAACUGUUAAAGCAGCACGAAAGUAACGUGGAAAUUAGCGCCUGGGAGUUGAAGCAACAAGCGCAAAUAUCAAGAAAUGGUCAGUUCAAACUGCUUUUAGAUCUGGAUCAGCAUGUGUCAGUGACAGAGUAUGAACAAGUACCAUUGCAACUAGAUUUUAAUUUCUGUAACGCUGUACACCAAUUGGAGCUUUCAUACGAAUCUUCCGAUAACCAUUAUCGCUUACAGCCAUUGUAUAUUACAUGUUAUAAUCAGAAUCCACCCGCGGAGUAUGUCCGUGAAAAUUUAGAAAAAAUCAAUUUGAAUCUACGUUUGGUCCAGUGCGUAUAUUCCGAACAGUUAAAAGCUGCUGGUUUCGGGAGGCAUACAUUCAAAUUAAAUGGCGACUGUGAAGAAUUUGAAACGCGCCUAACCUGUGAGGAAGUGUGGCAGCAAAACGAGAAUAGUUUGUGGCAAAAUUUUGCACAAGAGCUACUUAACUCUAACACCUGGGGUGGAGAAACAAAACUAAAGUUUGUUGCAUUCAUUGGUUGUACGAAAUACAAUGGUGCAGAGGUAGCUGCCUCAGGGGAUUUUUCAUAUGAAAACAUUCGCCGUCAUUUAAAGGGCCACGCGGCAUUAGGUGGUGGUGGUCUGGCGCUUUUUGGCGCCGCUUAUUUGUACUCUUGGCCGCAUUCUUGUAAUAAAAUCCACGCGUGCUUUUCCAGCAACAAGAAGGUGGACUUAACGCAAUUUCCAGAUGACAGCAACUAUCGACGUACGUACGGCGGUGUUUAUGCAACUACUCUGGGUGCUGUGGUGCAUGAAAUUGGGCACACCUUUGAUCUUGGUCACACCAAAGACGGUGUAAUGGGCAAUGGUUUCGAUUAUAUUAAUCGCAUUUUCACAGUUGAUAAUCUGACCGAGUAUUUGCCGGAUAGAAUCAUACAUCACGAAUUGGCAAAUGCCACAGCACAUAUAGCAGCUCGUACGCGUUUCACACAACUCAAGCGUACAAACGCGUUUCUUGAGAAGUAUCAUGAACAAAAGACAACCGACUCUUUUUAUUUUACUCGCAAUUGUGCGAUCAUUUUAUCGCAACACAAAUGGUUCAGAAAUUACAAUAAAAGCGCUGAUGAAGAGGAAGGGGCUGAGGCAUUGAUAACAUAUGAUGCGUUUAAUAGUUGUGUGAUAUCCGCGGGAGACAAUCAUCCGCUGUGUCUGAUUGAGGUGCGUUGUACGGAUAGUAGUCUAGUGAAAUACUGGUACGAGUUUCCGUCGGAUAAAAACAAUAGCGCAGUUUAUAAAUUUCACUUGCCAAAGGAGGCGCGUGAAUCACUCGAGAAUAACCAUUAUUUGUUUGUUUUAACACAGACGGGUCUGGUAAAGCGUCUAUGUGAGAGUUAAAAUUCCAUUAUUUACAUUUUGUAGUCUGCUUGCUAAAGCUCUCGUGAUAUCAUCAAAAUUUGCGGGCCUUUAAUACAAUACUAUUUUCAUUACCGCUGACUUUAAUCAACUCAAUCAGAAAGACACUUCGAAAGCAGAAAUUUGCCAGAAAUUAGUAUUUAUUUACGUUUGCGAAUAUGUAUUA